AUGGCAGCAACUUCCUCAUACAUGGCUUCAACAAAAUUCUCCAUGUUGGAUUGGACAAGAACCAAAAGAGAACCGAUCAGAAAGAGAACUGUUUUUCCAAUUUCAGCUCAACAAACUGAAGUUCAAGAAGAAAUCACAGUAAAAGAAAACCAAGGACAAGAGGAAAAUAAGCAACAGCAGACAAUGAAGCCACCAAGGCCAGUUGAGCCACAAUUGAAUGUGAAGAGCAAGAACAUGAGCAGAGAAUAUGGAGGCCAGUAUUUGGCUCCUGAAUAUUUCAUGUAUGGAAAAGUUAAUGACAAGAUUGAUGUCUAUGCGUAUGGUGUAGUACUUCUUGAGCUUCUUUCCGGAAGAAAACCCAUAUGCAGUGACUAUCCAAAGGGCCAAGAGAGCCUGGUUAUGUGGGCAAAACCAAUUGUAAACAGCGGAAAGUUUACCCAAUUACUAGAUCCAACCUUAGACAGUAACUAUGACCGCGAACAAAUGGAGAGAAUGGUUUUAGCUGCUACUCUCUGUAUCAGACGUGCACCACGAGCUCGGCCGCAAAUGAGCCUCGUUUUGAAGCUCCUCCAAGGUGAUGUUGAAGUAACCAACUGGGCAAGGCUACAAGUGAAUGCUUCAGAAGGAUCUGAUGCAAUGCUGCAAGCUAAUGCAUUGGAAGGGUCUGACGCAGUGGAUGAUGAAGCCUUUUCACGUUCAAAUCUCCAGUCGCAUCUUAACCUUGCGUUGCUUGAUGUGGAGGAGGUUCUCUCCAUCAGCAGCAUCGAGCAAAGCAUCUCGUUAGAGGACUACUUGCAAGGCAGGUGGAGCCGCUCAUCGAGCUUUGACUAA